AUGAUUGAAGCUAAAUAAAAAAUGUAAAAGAGAGUUCAAAAAUAUUCCUACUUCCUUAAUGACAUAUUAGGAGAAGGCUAUUCAUCAUCAGUUUAUAAGGGCAUUAAUAUUUAAACCAAUUAAGUAGUUGCUAUAAAGGUUAUAAAUUUUUCCACCUUAACAACUCCAAUUUCCCAAACCCUUUUAAAAAAUGAGAUCACUAUACUAAAACAAUUAGAUCAUGAGAAUUUGAUGAAAGUUUACGAGAUUUUUGAGACUAAAAAUAACACCUACAUAAUAUGUGAAUAUUGUAAUGAUGGCGAUCUGGCUAACAUUUUAGAAAAAACAACUUUUACUUAAAUAGAAAUUAUUAAUGUUUUUCUCUAAAUAGCAAAGGGAGUCAAAGCACUCCAUUAAUAAAGUAAAUCAUGUUUCAUAUAUCAUUUUAGAAAUUAUACAUAGAGAUAUAAAACCAGCUAAUAUACUAAGAUCAAAUGGAAUUUAUAAACUUUCAGAUUUUGGAUUUGCUAUUGUUGAAAAUGAUUUUGAGAGUAUAAUCAAAAGAUUUAGUGUUGGAACUCCAGUUUACAUGGCACCUGAGACAGUUCAGUCAAAUUGCUAUUCAGAAAAGUCAGACAUAUGGUCUUUAGGUGUAGUUCUUUACUUAAUGGUAUAUAAAGAAAUUCCAUUUAAUCUAAAAAAGGAUGGAGAUCUAUAUGGUAAGUAAUAAUAAAUACACAAGAAAAUUAUGAAUGAUAAAAAAUUGUUGAAAAAAAUCUAGAAUAUUCUUAUAGGUAUGUUGGAGAUUGAUCCAUAAAAACGGAUUAGUAUUGAUGGAAUUCUUUCAAUGUUAAAUCAUCCGAAAUAAUUGAAAUGUAGCAAUUCUCAUAAAAAUAUACCAUUUAAAGUAUUACGUAGGUCAAGUGGAUAUGAUUAAAUUUUAUAAGAUGGUUGCGAUCAAGAUAAAUUUGAAAAUACAUAAAAAAUUUUAAAAACAUUACCAGAUGAAUUGGAUAAUAUUAAUGAAGAAAUCGAAACAAUUUCAUUCCAUAAUAAUCAUAAAUAUCAUCAUAUAAUUGAAUUAAAUAACAUUUAAUAAAAUCAAUUAUGUAAUAAUGAGAAUUAAUAGUUAAAAUUUCAAUCAUCACCCUUAUAAAUAAAAGAUAAAACUAAAAAGUAGAUUCAAAUCAACAUUCCAAAAAAUUAAUCAAUUAAUUUCAAAAAAUUAAACCCAAAUUUUAACUAAUUACCGUAUGAAAAUAGUGAUACACACUAAGAUAGUAAUCCAAAUAGCACUAAUGAUACAAUCAAAAAUAAUCAAAUUUCUAAUUGUUAAUCAUAAAAUCAAAUGAAUUCUAAUUCCCCAUUAAUUGCUCCUUAAAUAACAGAGACACUUACAAGUAGAAAUUAAGGAAUUUCACCUAUCCAUAUUAAUUAAUCUCUUCGAAAUUUAAUUGUAUCUCCAUUAAGAUAAAGAAAGGGUCCCACAACUUAUUCCAUGACGGAUUUUAAAAAUUUUUAAAUUAAGCCAAAUGAAUUACUAUUAAAAAAAAAUGAUUUAAUUAAAUAAAGAGCUAAAACUGAUUUAUCUAUCAAUAAAUUAUCAUCUGAUUAAGAUAAGAAAAAGUAAGAUAAAGAAAAGGAAAAAUAAAAAAUAGAAUCUUUAACUGCAACAAUUAGACCUACAUAUAAAUUUUUAUUAUUUUUAAACUAGACCUUAAAAAAAUUUUAGUCUAUUAAUACUGAAGAAAAAUAAAAAUGCUAUUUCUUAUUAAGAAAAUUAUAAGCAGUAAAAGCAUAUGCAAUCAUGAAUUAAUGUCCUUUUCAAAUAUAAGAGGAAUUACAAUGUUGGAUUGAUAGUUUUUAAUAAUACUUUGAAAAAGUCAGCCCUUUACUUUAUAAUCAUCAUGAUCGAAAGUUUAUUCAAUAUUUAAAUACAAAUCUAGAGUAAUUUACUAAAGGAUUUUCAUAAUAAAUAAAUAGUUAUAUAUAAGAGGUGAAUUAAUAGUUAUUAUCUAAAGAACUACUAAUUAUUUAGGAAGUAAUUAAUGAAAACUUAAAGCAAUUUAAUGAUCCUAUUUUAUUUGCAAGAAGGUGGGAAAAUGAGCAAUGA